GCCCGAAGCCCUUCCGGUCCGCGGUCCCGGGGAGUCCAGCGAUACACUUCCGACUUGCAACUGCGCACGUGCAUCAUCCGCUCGGUGCAGACGGCGGGGGACGGCCCGGCAACAUGUCGCAGUUACAGAUGAAACUCCUGCGCAGGAAGAUCGAGAAGCGGAACGCCAAGCUGCGGCAGCGGAACCUGAAGCUGCAAGAAGCAUCAGACACAAGCCUGUCACAACCUCAAAAUGGAGAUGUGCCUAAAGAAACAGGAAAAGGUGGAAAAGUUAAAAAGGCUCUGAAGAACUCUGUGCCUGUGGGCUCAGCAGAAGCACAAAGUGGAGGCAUGCCUGAGGAGACCGCGGAAAAUGCCAAAGUUAAAAAGUCACCCCAGAAACCUACCACUUCAGCCAACGGAGAAGCAGCAGCAACACCGUCUCCUGAUUCAGAACUAAGAAAGAAAAAGAAGAAAAAGAGAAAAAUGGCAAAUGAUGCCGGGCCUGAUACAAAAAAAACAAAAACUGAAGAAAGUGCUGAGGCUUGUGAGGAUCCAGAGGAUGAUGUGAAGAAGGCAAAUGACAGCGAGGUGCCCAGCCUGCCCCUAGGACUGACAGGUGCUUUUGAGGACACUUCAUUUGCUUCCUUGUCUAAUCUCGUCAAUGAGAACACCCUGAAGGCCAUAGAAGAAAUGGGCUUCAAGCACAUGACGGAGAUCCAGCAUAAAAGUAUCAGGCCGCUUCUGGAAGGCAGGGAUCUUCUGGCAGCUGCGAAAACCGGCAGCGGUAAAACCCUCGCUUUCCUCAUCCCCGUGAUCGAGCUCAUUGUCAAAUUGAAGUUCAUGCCCAGGAAUGGAACAGGAGUCCUGAUUCUCUCUCCUACCAGAGAACUGGCCAUGCAGACCUUUGGUGUUCUUAAGGAGCUGAUGACGCACCACGUUCACACGUAUGGGCUGAUCAUGGGUGGCAGCAACAGGUCUGCUGAAGUGCAGAAACUCCUCAACGGGAUCAACAUCAUAGUGGCCACGCCAGGCCGGCUCCUGGACCACAUGCAGAACACGCCAGGCUUUAUGUACAAGAACCUACAGUGUCUGGUUAUUGAUGAGGCUGACCGUAUCUUGGAUGUUGGGUUUGAAGAAGAAUUAAAGCAAAUUAUUAAACUUUUGCCAGCACGUAGGCAAACCAUGCUCUUUUCUGCCACACAAACUCGAAAAGUUGAAGACUUGGCAAGAAUUUCUCUGAAAAAAGAGCCAUUGUACGUGGGGGUCGAUGACGAUAAAGAGGUUGCCACAGUGGACGGCCUUGAGCAGGGCUAUGUCGUCUGUCCCUCUGAGAAGAGGUUCCUUCUGCUUUUCACAUUCCUUAAGAAGAACCGGAAAAAGAAGGUGAUGGUGUUCUUCUCAUCCUGUAUGUCUGUGAAAUACCACUAUGAGCUGCUGAACUACAUUGACCUUCCCGUCUUGGCCAUCCAUGGAAAGCAAAAGCAAAAUAAACGAACAACCACGUUCUUCCAAUUCUGCAACGCAGAUUCAGGAAUACUGCUGUGUACUGAUGUGGCAGCCAGAGGGCUAGACAUUCCUGAGGUGGAUUGGAUUGUUCAGUACGACCCUCCUGAUGACCCCAAGGAGUAUAUUCAUCGUGUGGGUAGAACAGCCAGGGGUCUGAAUGGAAGAGGGCACGCCCUGCUCAUCCUGCGCCCUGAAGAGUUGGGUUUCCUUCGUUACUUGAAACAGUCCAAGGUUCCAUUGAAUCAGUUUGACUUCUCCUGGUCUAAAGUUUCUGACAUCCAGUCUCAGCUGGAAAAACUGAUCGAAAAGAACUACUUUCUCCACAAGUCUGCCCAGGAAGCAUACAAGUCCUACAUACGAGCAUAUGACUCUCACUCUCUCAAGCAGAUCUUCAAUGUGAACAACUUAAAUUUGCCACAAGUUGCUCUGUCUUUUGGUUUUAAAGUGCCUCCAUUUGUUGAUCUGAAUGUGAGUAGUCAUGAUGGCAAGCUUAAAAAGAGAGGUGGUGGCGGGGGAUUCGGCUACCAGAAGACAAAGAAAGUUGAAAAGUCCAAGAUCUUUAAACACAUCAGUAAGAAGCCAGCAGACCGCAGGCAGUUCUCACACUGAGGCAAUCUGCCUUCUGCCUGGACUGACUUUGUGAAACAUCUCCCCCUACCCCCACCCCCGCCUUUCCCCUCCAGGACCCUUUAAAAAAGAACUUUUAUCACCUUUGAGAUCUUUUUGUCUUUACUAUGAUGAUAAUAUUUUAUUUUUAAAUACUUCCAUAAAACAAAUUAUAUCAU